UCCCUCCCUCCGUCCCCGCCCGCUUUGUUUUCUCGCCGUCCGCGGGCUCGGGCCCCCCACGCCGCUGCCACCCUGAAGUUUCUGGCGGUGCUGCUGGCGGCGGGCAUGCUGGCUUUCCUGGGGGCCAUCAUCUGCAUCAUCGCCAGCGUUCACCCGGCCGGCACCGCCGCUCCCGCCGCCGCCGCCGCCCCCGCCGCCGACAAUGACUCGGCCGCCGCCGCCCUCCUGCCCGCCGCCGACAAGGGGCUGGGAGCGCUGCACGGCCCCGCCGAGGCUCUGGCCAGCGCCGGGCCGCGCCUGCCGGGGGGGCCGCCGCCGCCGCUCUUCAGCCGCUUCGUCUGCACGCCGCUGAGCGCCGAGUGCCCGGCCACCGGCACCGGUACCGGCCCCGCCACCGGCCCCGGCCCCGAGGAGCUGCUGGCGCUGCGGAGCGCGGCGGCCCAGCUGCGCCGCACGGCGCUGGAGCAGAAGGAGCGGAUCCGCAUGGACCAGGAGACCAUCCGGGAGCUCACCGGCAAGCUCAGCCGCUGCGAGGGCGGCUUGCGAACCGCUCCCGCCGCCGCCGCCGCCGCCGCCGGGCUCCGCGCCGCCCCGCGCCCCGGCACCAUGGGCCACCCCCCCGCCGAGCCGCCCGCCGUGCGGGAGCUGGAGGAGGCUGUCCGCGCCCUCCAGGACCGCAUCGACCGGAUAGAGCAGGAGCUGCCAGCCCGCACCAACAGCUCGGCGCCCACCGCCCCGGCGCUCGCCCGCGAUGCCCUCCACACCAAGAUGGAGCAGCUGGAGGAGCAGCUCCUCUCCAAGAUCCUGACCCUGCAGAAGGAGCGCCAGGCCGCCAGCACCGACCGCAGCCAGCAGCAGCACAACAUCGAGAAGGAGCUGAACUCCCUCCAGAACCGGGUGACGGAGCUGGAGCACGGACCGCCAGGCUACAGCCCUCCUGAUGCCUUCAAGGUGACCAUCCCAGUGCAGAACAACUACAUGUAUGCCCGCAUGAAGAAGAGCCUGCCGGAGCUCUACGCCUUCACCAUCUGCAUGUGGCUGAAGUCCAAGGCCCUGGCAGGGCUUGGCACCCCUUUCUCCUACUCUGUCCCAAGCCAAGCUAAUGAGAUCGUGCUGCUGGAGUGGGGCACCAACCCCCUGGAGCUGCUCAUCAACGACAAGGUUGCCCAGCUGCCGCUGAGCCUGAAGGACAAGGCCUGGCACCAUGUCUGCGUGGCGUGGACCACCCGGGACGGCAAGUGGUCGGCGUACCAGGACGGCGAGCAGCGGGGCGCCGGCGAGAACCUGGCCUCCUGGCACGCCAUCAAGCCCCAGGGCGUCAUCAUCCUGGGCCAGGAGCAGGACACGCUGGGAGGCCGCUUUGACGCCACGCAGGCCUUCGUGGGGGAGCUGGCGCAGUUCAGCGUGUGGGACCACAUGCUGGCACCGGUGGAGAUCCUGGGCUUGGCCAACUGCACCUCCCACCUCCAAGGCAACGUGAUCCAGUGGGACGACCAGGCGGUGGAGGUCUUUGGGGGCGCCAGCAAGGGGGGCUUCGCCGCCUGCGAGGAAGGGAGGAAGGCAUGAGCGGCCCCUCGUCCCCUCCCCAGCGCCAAGGAGCUCAGCGGCAGCCCCAAAGCAGGGAGCCCUUUUCUCCCCUCCCAGACCAACCGAGCCUCGCUGCCACGCCAGGGCGAUGCUCAAGCCCCCUGUGCCGGCGUCCCGGGAGGGAUGGAGGGGCCCCGGCAGCCUCCCUCUUGCCCCUGCGCCAGCAGCGCAGCUUGUCCCCCCUCCCGGCACGUCUGCCUCCAGGUCUCGCCUUGCCCCACUUCUGUUUCAGGAGGACCUCGCCGUACCCGCAGGCGUCUCUGGUAUGGCGAGGGUUCCUGCCUUCUCAGCCCCAACGGGGAGUGGAAAGGAGACCUCCCUCCACCCCAAGUGCAGUCCAGCCUCGGUGGGAUGCCAGCGUGUGGGCAUCCCCCGAGCAUAUCCCCUUUCCUUAUUUAUUUCUAGCGCCCCGCUAUCUGGUUUUGUGAGCCCGUACUCCAAAGGAGCCCAAAGGCUCAGCCGGGAGCAUCUUCUCCUCUGGCCCCAUCCCCUCUUCUCCGGCCUCCCUGGUUUUUCAAGUGUGGUCCUUAGGCGGCUGAGGGAGGAUGGUGCAGGGUCGGUGGGGCAGCACUCGCCCCCCCUGCACCCCUUCCCCUGCCUCCACUGUCUGUUCGGGCAGGGCUGCCUGAGGGGAGUCAGGCUUUCGAGGCAGAGGGAAGCAGAGCAGGCCCCCCCCCCCCCGCAAACUGGGGGGUCCGUCGGUCACCAAAGGAACGGGGGGAAAGGGGCAAAGCAUCUCCCCCAGCCCUGGCCAAGGGGGAAGGAGUGCAGCACUGCCAUCGAAGGGAGCGAAAGCAAGGAAAAAAAGGAGACAGAGGAUGGUGGUGGCCAGAGGAGCCCUGCCGUCCAUCCCGCGGCCUUUUGGGAACUGGAUUGGGUUGCUGCCCUUGCCUCCACCUGGGUCCCCUGCUUUGAGCUGCUCCUGGCCAGGGAUGGGGCCACCGCUGGCUUUGG